GUAAACGCCUGAAAAUUCCCAAAACAAAAUACACGCAUACCCAGGUCAAAAUCUGGGGUUUAGGAAAAAACCCUAGCAGACUCCGCAAACAUGUCCGUGCUGAGCUCCAAGAAAAUAUUGCAAGAAAAAGAUUCAAGUGAUUCCAACUCCAUUACUUCUCUCUCCCUUAAUCACAGAGCUAUUUCUGAUGUGUCGUGCUUGAGUGAGUUCAAGAACUUAGAAAGGCUCGAUCUUGGAUUCAAUAAUCUGACCUCGCUUGAGGGCUUGAAGUUAUGCCUAAAUUUGAAGUGGUUAUCAGUGGUGCAGAACAAGCUUCACAGCUUGAAAGGCGUUGAAGGCCUGAAUAAACUCACUGUACUAAAUGCCGGAAAAAACAAGCUUAAAUCUAUGGAUGAGGUGAAGUCUCUUGAUAGCUUGCGUGCAUUGAUUUUGAAUGACAAUGAGAUCACUUCUGUGUGCAAACUUGAUCGGUUGAAGGAGUUGAACACUCUAGUUGGCAUUUUCUUGUUCGAUUCUUCUAAUCAUAGCUAUGCAGUCCUUUCCAGGAAUCCAAUCACUACCCUAGGCGAAUCUCUGUUGAAACUGAAAUCAAUAACUAAACUUUCUCUUUCUAACUGCCAACUCCGAACAGUUGAUUCAUCCCUCAAUUCCUGCCUAGAGUUAAAAGAGCUUCGCCUAGCUCACAAUGAGAUCAUGACUAUUCCUAGUGAGUUCAGCAUUCUCGUGAAGCUUCAGAAUCUUGACAUGGGAAACAACUUAAUCACGAACUGGUCAACUCUAAAGGUGCUCCAAUCAUUAGUUAAUUUGAGAAAUUUGAAUCUACAAGGAAAUCCGAUUGCCGAAAAGGACAAUUUACUGAAGAAAGUCAAGAAGCUGCUUCCGAAUUUGCAUAUCUUCAAUGCUAGGCCGGUCGACAAAAUCACCGGAAAAGAAGUUAAUGAAAAAGCAAAUGACUUCUCUGUUGAGACUGAUCUGGGCUCAGGAAAGAAGAGAAGAAAAAAUCUGCAAGACAAAGAGGGUGCAGAUUCUGCAGAAAAAAACAAAAUCACAGAGACGCAAAGCAAGAAAAAGUCAAAGUCAAAACACGAUGAAAGCGCAGCAGCGAAUGAAUCAGAUGCUCCAAACCCAAAGCUUGAGGACACGAAGAAAUUAUCAAAGCACAGGAAAGUUAACAAGAGUCAACCCUUUAAGGAGGCAGAGAAGAAAUCACUAGGGAAGACCGAAGGAGAAAAAAAAGCGAACACCAUCGACAGCUCAGAGACUCCUUUCGUGGAUCUUUUUGUAAAUAGCGUGCCCGAAAUUAAUCAAAAUACAGACGCCAACAGUGGGUUGGUAAUUCAUCAUCAAAUCAAGAAAAAGAAGAAAAACCGUGCUGCUGUCGAUCCUGCUGCACUCGAGCUGUCGCGGGCCGAUGAAAUCGGGUUGGGCGGGCCAUCGGCUUGGGAUUGACUGUGUAAUCGUUGUCUUGUUAUUUGAUCUCACUUUCUUGUUAUUUGAGAAUUUAUUUCAUUUGUGGUAACGGAAUAAUAAAAAUUUCGUGUAGGAUUUUACAAUUAGGACUAGCUCAACCGUAAUAUUUGUUACAAUAAUAAAUAUACCGAGUAUCGAUUCGAAACAUAGAAUUUGUUUACACAAUUUAAUUCAAUCCGAAUUAAAUAUUUAGCCAUAAAAAAAUCAGUCAAAAUUGGGUGAACCCAAUUUUAUAAAACUGAUUUUCCAA